UUUACAACGACGGACAAUCGAACACUAGGCGUCUGUAUGCAACGACGUCUACAUACCUAAUACUGUCGAGAUUAUCUUAGUGAGUGGUCGCGUUAACAGUCAAUGAACAAUAAAUAAAAAAAACAUUAAUUAUUAAUUUAAAUUAAACAUGUGUUUAGUGUGAUUUUAAUAAUUAGUUAAAAAUCGAAAAUGCCUACUGAAAACCAGAACACGAUCGCGGAGGACGCCGAAGAACAACCAUUGAAGAACGAAGCCACAAAUGGUUUCUACAGCAACUUUAGUUUCUGGCAGAAAUUGAAAUAUGUCAGGGAGAACAUAACUGUCGAACCCGUAUUGGGCUUAUUCGUAAUGCCCAGUGUACUGGCUAUGCUGGCGACACAGAAUUUGAAUUUAGACAAAGCCUGCCGUGUUAAUUUGCAAUUCGACGAUGCGGUUUGCACAGACCUGAGUUUAAGGAAGCGAGAAAAUCAUACGUUCGAAGAACUUGAGGUUCAGAAGCUGAUCGCUUCAGUGCAAGCGUGGAAAAGUGUUAUCCACACAGCGGUUCCUACAAUUUUGAUGUUGUUUAUCGGAGGUUGGAGCGACAAGACAGGAAGGCGGAAAAUCUGUAUGACAGUACCGAUCUUUGGGGAGUUUAUGACUUGCAUUCUUAACAUGGUGAACACGUAUUUUUUCUAUGAAGUCCCAGUGGAGUUGACUGUGUUUAUGGAGGUCAUAUUCCCAGCGAUAACAGGUGGCUGGUAUACUAUGUUAUUAGGAACUUACAGCUACUUAGGUGAUAUUACAUCGAAGGAAACAAGGACGUUCAGAAUCGGAAUAUUGAGUCUGUGUAUGACGAUCGGUUUCCCCAUAGGCAUGGGAAUGAGUGGUGUGUUGUUGAAGUACGCGGGGUACUAUGGGGUCUUUUCAGUAUCUGCAUUGUUCCAAUUCUUGAACUUCUGUUACGUGACUUUUUCUAUCAAGGAUCAUACGUGGUUGGAGUCUAAAGAUAAGGAAAAGAAACCCGGUUUCAUUGGAUUUCUCAAGGAGUUUUUUGACUUCCGGAGUAUUAGGGACACAGUUCAGAUUGCGUUCAAAAAAGGCACAAACAAUAGAAGAUUGAGGAUAUGCCUCGUCAUGGCUGUUGUGUGCUUUACUUUUGGACCUCUUUGGGGUGAACUGAGUGUAAUGUAUAUUUUUGCGCGAUACCGUUUUAACUGGGACGAAGUGAAGUACAGUAUAUAUUCUACGUACAGUCUCAUCACACACGCGGCAGGCACCAUGUUUUCGAUAAGCGUUUUCAGUAAGAAGUUAGGAUUCGACGAUGCAGUGCUGGGUAUAAUCGCGACCACAAGUAAAAUAGCCGGCGCAUUCGUUUUGGCUUUCGCAAGGAACAACACCGAAGUUUAUAUGGCUCCGCUCGCGCAAAUACUAGACGGCACCACGACGAUUGCACUGCGCUCCAUCGCUUCCAAAUUAGUUUCUCACCAAGAGUUAGGCAAAGUGUUCUCGCUGUUCGGUCUGGCGGAGACGAUGAUGCCGUUGAUGUUUGCGCCGCUGUACUCGCGCGUGUACAUACUGACGCUGCACGUGUUGCCUGGCGCCGUGUUCCUGCUCAGUGCUACCGUCACCGUGCCCGCGUUAGGGAUCUUCAUAUGGUUCUACACUCGACAUAAGAAAGAUGCGCGAGAGAAGAGGCUAGCUGUACCGUCCAACGCAACUGCGCGAGAGACAGGGGCCAGUGCGUGAAUAAAAUAUAUAUACAGGGAGAUGAGCAUUCUUCGGCUCAGACCAAUUAUUGUAUAGGACCUGCCUCGCUAGACGUUAUUUUUCUGUCAAAGUAUAUGAUCAACGAUCUAAUGCGAUUAUAAAAACUGAAUAUAAUCGAUGUUAAAUAGUUGUAAUCGUGUUCGUCGGUUAAAGAGCUCCGUAAAAAUAUUACAUAUAUAUAUACUGUAUAAUUAAAUGGUAUAAAAAACGGGCAAAAACUUCUAGUUUAGUAUAAGAUAUACACAAAAUCUAAGCUCGUUUUCCUCAGAAAAUGACAGACAAUUUUGUUCGUGACUAUGAGUGCGAUACAGGUCCUUCUAUAAUUGGUCUGAGUGCUUCGGUCAUCAUGGUUAUGAAACUUGCAAGGACUUUCCAUAUUCUGAAUGAUUUUUUCUGACACAUAACCCAUCAAGGUGUUGGAAUGGCGACCUCUUAUUAGAAAGCUGUGUUAUAUUUGAACUAUUGCUUCGCAAUGGCGAGUAUGGAUCAAAAUUCGAAAUAAAAUUCGUCAAUAGACUAUAGUCUGACAAGUCCGUUGAUGACACUCCCAUGAUAUGCGGGCGAGGGGGGAAAGACUGCACGGGUGUGAAAUCGUGCGGGCGGGGAAGUAACGUGCUCAGUCGUGGGUUUUCAUUCAUCGCUACACACCCCCCGACCCGCUCCCGCAUCGGGAGUGUUACGAACGAAGUUGCCAAGCUAUAGUUGAUUUUUUUUUAAUUGUUCAUUAUCGCUGAAUUGAAAAAAAAUUAUCAUAUUGUUUUGAGACGUUAAUACAUAAAAAUUUAAAUUUACAAAUAUUUUUUUGACAAUACGUAUACAUUUAUAUAUUAUUAUCGUGUGUGUGUGUGUACCUAAGUAUGUUUGUUCCUCAUUUACGUUGUGGUACAGAAAACAUAUGUACGGUUACUGAAGCGAUUUGGCUGAAAUUUAGAAUGGAAAUAGAUUUUACUCUGGAUUAAUACAAACUACUUUUCCCCUCGGAAAAUCCAUGGUUCCCCCGGGAUUCGUAAAAAACUGAAUUACACGCGGACGAAGUCGCGGGCGACCUCUAGUUUGUAAUAAAAAUCACGGACUCAAGUGAAAGCUUUUUGUGGUUGUUGCUUAUUUGUAGAGUAACUAUGACUUCCUGGGCAAAGUCCAGCAUCUUUCUACCGACCACCGAAUUUGUAUUUAAUUAAUUACGGUAUUGAGUGUAAGAGACGUGUUUUCCAAAAUCAUAAUAAUAGUCAAAACACAACUUUGCAAAAGUAUUCAAAAAAUAACCUUUACGACUGUGCUUUUUUGAAUAGCAUUUUAUUUUUAGAAAUAUUAUAUUACUAGCGGACGCCCGCGUUUUCGUCCGCGUGGAAUUCAGUUUUUCACAAAACCCACACAAUGGAUUUUUCCGGGAUUAAAAGUAGCCUAUGUGUUAAUUCAGAGUGAAAUCUAUUUCCAUUCCAUAUUUCAGCCAAAUCGCUUCAGUAGCCGCAGCGUAAAGGAGGAACAAACAUACACACUCACUCACUUUCACACAAACUUUCGCCAUUAUGAUAUUUUAUAUUUGUGUGUAUAUACAACGUUCACAGUUUUUCUGUAGUGUAUUUAGUAUCAGCAUUGCACCCGUGCGAAGCCGCGGCGGGUCGCUAGUUAUACUUAUAAACCAUCCUCUUCAAUCUCAGACCAAUUAUAGAAGGACCUGUAUCGCGCUCAUAGUCACGAACAAAAUGUCAUUUUCUGAGGAAAACGAGCUUAGAUUUGGUAUAUAUCUUAUAUUAAACUAGAAGUUUUUGCCCGUUUUUUACACAAUUCAAUUACACAAAAAGGUAUUUUUACGGAGCUAUUUAACCGACGAACAACUAUUUAAUAUCGAUUCUAUAGAGACAGUUUUUAUAAUCGCAUUAGAUCGUUGAUCAUAUACUUUGACAGAAAAGGAACGUCUAGCGAGGCAGGUCCUAUACAAUAAUUGGUCUGAGUCUUCAAUCACUCUAUCUAAUAAAAAAUACCGCAUCAAAAAUCGUUGCGUAGUUUUUAAGAUUUAAGCAUACAUAAAUCAUUACAUAGUAUAAAACCGACAAAGCGAAUCCUGCUUCAGUUUAUUAGGUAAAUUUUAAAUUUCGAACUGCGAUUCGUCGGGUUAUCAAGUAUUUAUAUGUGCUAAAUGAAUAAAAUCUGUCAGUACAGAGUGAGAGCUGUAAUGCAUUGGAUGUGUGGGCGAUGAAUACUUUAAAAUCCACUCACUUGCAUUACAUAGUACUAGACUUUACAGCAUACUGAAAGCGCGAGAUAUUUUAUGUAUGUGUUGAAUUAUAUUGGGCCCAGGAACAAAAUAUUUAUUCAUGACCCUACCCAAACUUUAUGUAUGUAAGUGGUAUGUCGAUUUUGUUUCUACGAUCGCAAACGCUUCAAAAAUUCAAAAUUGUAUAGGAAUGACAUUUCUAUCGACAGGUCACGUGAUCAAGUUGUCGAUCGGAUCUGUCAUACCCAUACAUUUUUCUAGUAUUCGAAGCGUUAGCGUUGGUAGAAAGAGUAUCAACUUGCCACUUGGCUGCAGGCCCUGGUAGAGGGGCGUUUUACUUCCGAGCCAUAUUCAAGACUUAUGUCCGAUAAUAAACCUGGUUUACCCAAAAGAUUACCCUUAAAUUAAAAAAAAACUUUCUUGAUCUAUUUUGCAAUCAUUGCGGCCCACAUUGUAUUUCUUUUUAAUUUUAUAAAAAUUCAAAAUUCUUUUAUUUCAAUUAGGCUUAGCUUACAAGCACUUAUGAAAGGUCAGGUAUAUGUCAAAAUUUAAUAUAAUCUAAUGGAGGUAAUAAUAGACGAAAACUUAAAAUUAAAGUUACGAGGGUUCCAAAAACGCCUUGGUCCGAGAAGAGCCCUCAACAAACUCAGCCAAGCUAUAUAAAAUAAAAAAAAUACCCAAAAACUGUUCUGGGACCUAAGGAAGGAUAGUAUUGGAUCUCCAUAUUUUUAACCUUUAUUUUAAGAAAUAAAAUGUCUGUUUUAAAAUUAUAUUUUAUUUCUAUUUUAAAACAGACAUUUAGAUUUUUAGUUUUAGAAGUAAACAUUAAGGAACGGAAUAUAAGAGACUAUGAACCUACGGAUAUGAUUUAGUAUAUAAUUUGAUUCUAGUGAAUUAAUAUGUGAUGUAAUUGUAUGUAAUGUUAUAAAUUAUCACUUAGAGUGCCUACACACUAGCGGCGAAUGUUACGCAAUUCGCUGCACGUUGGUGGUCACGACUUGUCGCUACCACUCAGUUAAAGCCAUUUGUUGUAAAAUGUUACUAAAGGCAACGUUGCCUUUAUUUUAUAACCUGCAUGCAGACAUGCUAUUGUUUUAUAACUGUACAGUUUUAUCUAAUCGAAAUUUAAAUCAAAUCAAUAUAGAAAAUAAAGAAAGAAAAGAAAGAAAUAAAGAAAAAUGCGUUUAUUUUAAAAUCAUGACACACAUCACAAUAUCUCCAGUACAUAAUGACAUCCAGGACAAUACACUGCGAUGUGUGGCAUAACCCAGAAAAUGGCCCCAGCUCAGCAUAAUGCUACGUGGCCAUUUGAAUUUGGACACGUAGCGCUGAUUUACAUAAAAUACUGUACAAUUACAACAGCACAGUUCUCGGAUUUGUCUAUACACGGACCAAUUAAAUGUACAGUUAAAACUGUGCAGUUAAACUGCAUGUAGAUGAUCUUAUGAACGAAAAAUCACAGCCUGUUUGUAAAAUGACAUCAUUGAAUUUCGUUAAAAUUUAACGUAUUUUAACUCGUUACUAUUUCAAGUUGACUAUAUUUUGUUGCUUACCUCCCGGUGACGCCGCUGAAGUCACAUUAAGGUGCCUAAGGCAUCAGAAAAAAAAUAUUGUUGUAUUGUUCGACGAACGUUUGUCUUAGAUAAGUAACGUAACGUGUAGUGUGAAGGGGCUCUUAGUUUUAAUUAAGUAUGUGUUUGUGUACCUACCUGUACACAAGCCUGAAGAUACAAAAUUAUUCUUAGUAAAAAAGCAAUAAAAAACUGGUGAUAAAAAUUUUAA